AUGGUUCGAUAUUGCCAAACAGUUGAAGCUAGGGGUGGGGCACAGAGAACUGCCACCCAAAUCAAAGAAAAGUGGAGGAAAUCGUGUGGGGCAGCAAGGGAGGAGGCAGCAAAGGAGAAGGUCCAUGCAAGGACGACUGGUGGUGGACCUCAAGCCAAGGCAAAUGACCCUGUUACGCAGAAGAUAUUAGAACUACAUCAGGGGGCACCAAACUUUUAUGGGAUCCAUGGAGGUCUUGACAUAGGCAUGCCACUGCCACUGGAAUUAAUCAACAAUCCUUUUGGAUUAAAUGAAAAUGAUGCUUCUGAAUUCGUGGUCCUAAACGACCCAAGUAAUUAUGUUGCCUGCAACACAGAGCAAAGAGAGAUUAUUGCCACUGUCGAUUUGCCAACACUUCGGGUGAAAGGUGUGUUAGGACAAGAAUCCCCAAGUUGUCAAGCUUCUGUAAGUUCCGUUGUAGCACUAAUAGCAACAAAGGCUAAAUCUUCAAUAACUAAACCGGUAUCAGUGACCCAGCCAAAGAAAAAGCAAACCUACCAGGAGCUUCAAAUUGAAGUUCUGAAGCUGGACAAAACAAGAAUCCUUCAAGAGAAAAGAAAAAUAAUAUCUGAAAGAGAAAAGCUAGAGCUAGAAAAAACUCAAAGAUCUAUUUACAACAUUGGUUAG